CUCAGGAAGAAACCUGGAAGGAUCUCUUUUGAAUUUUCUUCCUACUCGCAUCAACUUAUAAGCCGUUGCGGGCUUGUCGAUGCGAUACUGCCAUGGUGGGUUAUCCACUCGAUGAGGAUUAAUUACUGGGAAUUUCAGAAUUUCACAUGUUUUCGGUUGCUUGACUUCAACUGCAUGAGGCUUGCGCUUCAAUGGCAAUAUUUUUCCAACUCAAGUCAAGAAGCCUGAACAUACAAACUCUCAUCUUCUUGCAAAAAAAACUUUUUUUUCGUGCAGGGAUUUCAAUUCUGUCAAAUUUGAGGCCGAUUAUUUUGAAACCAGCGUAGUCACGUAAUGCGGGUUAAAGUUCUUGUUUCAUUCCUCUCCCAUCUGCUUAUAAGCAUCAGUCUUGCCACUGCCCUAAAUUGCUAUGACACAGGUAAUUUCACAACUAAUAGUACAUAUGGCAAAAACCGGGACCUUAUUCUUGCUUCUCUCCCUGCUAAUGUCUCUGCAAACGGUGGUUUCUUUACCGCCACUAUUGGCCAAGACUCCAACAAAGUUUACGCUCUUGGGCUUUGCAGAGGAGACUUUUCUUCAGAUGCUUGUUAUAGCUGCCUCAAUUCCUCAAUUCCCGAUCUCAUAGCUAAGUGUCCCAACCAGAAAGGAGCCAUGUCAUGGGCAGGGAAUCUAUGUCUUGUACGCUAUGCAGAUCGCUCUUUUUUUGGAAUCCUGGAGCUAGACCCUACUGAUGCUGGCUAUAACACGGGCGACAUCAACUAUAACUUAACACAAUUUGAUCCUGUUUGGGAGAGUUUGAUGGAUAGUGUGGUGAGAAAGGCUUCCAUGGGCUCGUCUAAGCUUAAGUAUGCAACUGGGGAAACAGUUUUUACAGCAUUUCAAACGAUAUAUGCACUAAUGCAGUGCACCCCAGAUUUAUCGCAGAAGAAUUGCGAUUCCUGCCUUAGAGAAUCCGUCAGUUACUAUGAAAGAUGUUGCCAUGGGAAGCAAGGAGGUUAUGUUUUGAAGCCUAAUUGUUGGUUCCGGUGGGAUUUGUAUCCCUUCUAUGUAUCUAAUGCUGCUACUACUGCUCCAUCCUUAUCUCCUCCUCUCCCACCAGAAUCUGGAAGUCCUCCUCCGCAUCCAGUGAACUCCACAAUCACAAAAGAGGAUGGAGGCAUUUCAUCACCAACUCUUGCCAUUAUAGUUGUUCCAAUUAUCCUCUUCGUGGUAGUUGGCAUAUAUGCAGUUGUUUUUCUCCUCAAGAGGAGGAAGAAAACAAAGCAGGAGGAUCAAAAUGACAGGAGUCAUGAGAAAUCAUUGCAAUUUGAUGAGAAAUCGUUGCAAUUUGAUUUUAAUGCGGUAAGAAUUGCAACAGAAGACUUCUCGGAUACAAACAUGCUUGGACGAGGCGGAUUUGGUACUGUUUAUAAGGGUAAGCUUCAAGAUGGACAAGAAAUAGCUGUGAAGAGACUGUCUGGUAAUUCAGCACAAGGCCAACAAGAAUUCAAGAAUGAAGUCCUGUUAUUGGCAAAGCUUCAACAUAGGAAUUUGGUUAGGCUUCUUGGUUUUUGCUGGGAACAAAACGAAAGGAUUCUCAUCUAUGAGUUUUUGCCCAACUCAAGCCUUGACCGCUUCAUAUUCGAUCCUGUCAGGCGUUUACUACUAAAUUGGGAGAAGAGAUAUAAAAUUAUAGAGGGAAUAGCUAAGGGACUUCUUUAUCUUCACGAAGAUUCUCAAUAUCGAAUCAUCCAUCGCGAUUUAAAAGCAGCCAAUAUAUUGUUAGAUGCAGAGAUGAAUCCUAAAAUUUCUGAUUUUGGAAUGGCAAAAUUGUUUCCGGUUGAUCAAACUCAAACUGGUACAAGCAAAAUCGUUGGGACCUUUGGAUAUAUGGCUCCAGAGUAUGCUUGGCAUGGACGAUAUUCAGCUAAGUCUGAUGUUUAUGGCUUUGGUGUGUUGGUUUUGGAAAUCAUUAGUGGUAAAAAAAUCAGUAGCUUCACCGAAGAAAAAGUGGGAGAGUCUCUUCUAACCCAUGCAUGGAAAAAUUGGAAUGAAGGGACUGCUUUGGAACUUAUAGAUCCAAUUUUGAGCGAUGGUUCGAACAGUGAAAUAAUGAGGUGUAUCCAUCUCGGAUUGCUGUGUGUUCAAGAAAAUAUUGCUAAUAGACCAACCAUGGCCUCUGUCGUUCUCAUGCUUAGUCGCUACUCCAUCUCUGUCCCAGUGCCAUCGAGACCAGCAUUUCAUGCACAUUCCAUAGAGGAGACUGAAACGAGGUCUGAGUCAUCCAUAACUGAUGAAUAUAGACGUGAAACUGUCAAAGUCUCAGUCGACAAGGCUUCAAAUUCCGAGCUAGAUCCUCGAUAAAGUUUGAAAGAUGUACAGUACUUAAUUAACUGUAAGUUUGUCUAGAAAUUCUCAGUGCUUCUUUGGUUUUUUUUAUUCACAAAAAAUUUAAAAUAAGGAAAGAUUUUCUCGAGACAACUUAUAAGUGAAAUAUUAGAUUCUUAUCAACUCAAUCAACUUUGCUUCUUUGGUUUAAAUAUACAUAAUAAACAACUUUGGUUCGCUGCUUAGCGAGCCCUUUGCUUGAUAAGUCUUCCACAUUAUGUAUUUUUAAUUUUUAAUGUUUUUCCGUGUGAGUGGUUUGUUGAAUGGAUUGUACAAGCUUAAACCUCUUGUAUUCUAUAAGGCAACCACAUACCUAGCGGGCCAGAGUUUUCCCUUGAAAAUUUAAAGCCCAAGUAGUAGUUAGGAUGAAAUCCACUUUUGUGAACCCAUCGGCUAAAAAACCCGCCCAAGUCAAAAGUGAAAGGGUUGACCAUAAGCUGUUGGCCCAUUGGAAAGGGGUGAAUAGCUAGUGCCUUAAUUUAUCCAAAAGAAGAUAAAAAAAAAUCCAAAGCCCAAAAGUAAAAGAAAACAGAAAAAGGAGUCCACCGAAAAGAGAUCAUAUUUUUUAUCUCAAAUUGCAGGCCCUGCAGCAACGGACUCACUGAAGUCCAUGCGAUUGGUUCCACAAAAGAACUAUCCACCUGAAGCAUAUUUUGUUUAAAAGCAAAUUGAGUUGUUUUUAGUUGGUGCUGGGAAUACGAAAAUGUGUAAUAGACCAGAUUCAUGGAAUCAGCACAGUUUGGAUAAAUUUAAUAUAUUAUUUUUUUUAUUAAGUUUGAUAAAAAUAACAUUCUUUUUUAAAAAAACAUUUAAAUUAUUGUCAUUAUUAUGCAUGAGGUUGGGGGAAAAAAAAGUGAUUCACAAUUUAAUAUUCAAAUCGAUUAGAACUUUACUAUUGUCAGUAUAUUCUUUUUUUUUUCGUCUCUUUUAAAUUAAAGAAAUAUAACUAAUUGUUUAUUACCUUAAUAAUCCUAUUCAUUUUGUCCAUUUUUUUUUAAAAAAUAAUAUUAUUGGCCUGUGAGAACCAAAUUAAGCAAAGGCAGCGAAGUGCAAUGGAAUUUGUUUUCAUUAUCGAUCUAUUUCCACGCAUACAAUUACUAUGCAGCAUCUCCCGUUCUCUUUCCUUUUGGGGUAAUUCUCUGUUUGACAAUUCAGACAGAGCCUGUUUACUUACGAUUUUUUGACUUAUAACUCAAGCCUUGACCAUUUCAUAUUCGGCAUAGUUGCUGCAAAUACAUUUGAGUAAUUUGACCAGCCGUGUGAGGAUAUAUUCACUCAUGCAGUGCAUUCCGGAUCUAUCUCAGAGUGACUGCGCCAACUGCCUAAGAGUGUCUGUGGAUGACUAACUAAGACGUUGCCAUGGGAGGGAGGGAGGUAAUGUUCAUAAACCUAACUGUUCCUUCCGAUGGGAUAUGUAUCCCUUCUAUGAUUCUUCAGCGGACGGCCCGUCCCUAUGUCCUCCACCUAAUGUUCCUCCUCCGCAUUCUACUGAUACAAUAACCAAGAAAGGUACAGGAUCUCGCCCAUUGGAGAAAUUCAGAUUAUAUGGGACUAAAAACAAGGAUAUAUAGAACAAUCUUCUUUAAUAGACGUGAAUUAUUUUGAAAUACUUGAAAAAGAAAAGUACCCAAAAUUUGCCUGUAUGGGACCUCUUAUAAUGUUUCACAUUUUAUAAAUGCUGAAUUCAAUUGUCAAGUAUGUUGGUGGCUUUAAUUUGCAGAUAAAUAAAGCUCCAUAUCUUGAACUGCUAUAUUUAUCGUUGCUCCAAUUGUUACUCUAAUGGCAACUUUGGCUCUUACUUGCGCCGUGCUACGAACGAUGACGAAGAAGAUCAAAUGGGAGAAGUAACUAAUCAUUUUAUUUUGUUUGGCUCUAUAUGUUACAAAUUUAGUUGACUAUGACUACAUAUCUUCAUUACAAUAGCUUCAAGCACUUGGAAUUUCAGAGAAAUCAUAGAAAAAUAAUUUUACUGCUUGGUACUUUGAAACUGCAUGUCUAGUAGUUGUGCCAAAGAAAAUCAGACAGUCUGCAAUAAAGAUCAUACGAUCAAACCAUGCAGGUAUUUUCCAUUUUUCCAUUUACAUAUGUUCACCAAUUCAAUCUGUGAAGUUGCAGAUGAAAAUGUUAGCACCAGAUUGCCAUUUGACUUCAGCAGGCAGUCAUUGCAACUAGAUCUUAGCACUAUCAAAGAAGCAACAAUUAACUUCUCCGAUGAUAACAAGCUUGGACAGGGUGGUUUUGGCCCCGUCUACAAGGGCACCCUUCCUGAUGGACAUGAAGUAGCCGUGAAGAGGCUGUCUACGAACCCUUAACAAGGAGAAGUAGAAUUUAAGACCGAAGUCCUGUUAACGGCAAGGCUUCAACACAGAAAUUUGGUUAGGCUUAUAGGUUUUUGCUUGGAGGAAGAGGAAAGGUUUCUCAUCUAUGGGUUUGUGCCUAAAUCAAGCCUCGACAAGUUUAUAUUUCGUAUGAUUGCAUUUUUCUUCCUGAUGCAUUUUUUGGUAGAUAUUAUAUUAACACAUCUCACAGAAGGCAAGAGCUUAUACAUGAAGAGAGAGAGAGAGAGAGAGAGAGAGAGAGAGAGAUUGUGUAAUAAAAUUCAUAUUUAUACAUCUAUUUUUAUUAUUAGCAUUGUUUUACCAUGAGUUAAGUAACUUGAUUUUGUAAUUUUGUAGAUCCAAUCAAGUGUGUGCUAUUGAAUUGAGAACAUAGAUACAAAAUUAUAGUAAGAAUUGCUCGAGGGA